AUGCAUCCAGAGAAGGAUAUAUCUGAUGCUGCUCAUCUCGAAAGACAGCAAUCAUCUGGAGAUGACAAAUCUGCCGCACAACGCCGAGCUUCCCAAGCCUCAGAUAUUAUGAAUACAGAGGCACCCGUUUGGGAGUUGCGCAAAACUUACACGAAGAGUGGCAUUGCUGGCUUAGUCUCUUCACGAUAUGUCUUUUUGUGCGCCCUCUUUGCCACUCUCGGUGGUAUGCUGUUUGGUUAUGACCAAGGGGUGGUUUCUAUCACCCUUGUUAUGCCACAAUUUCUUGAACAGUUUCCAGAGGUUUCUGAGCAAGCUGCUGGAGCUGGGUUCAAAAAGGGCCUCAUGACGGCCAUUCUUGAGUUGGGAGCAUUCCUUGGCGCUAUGAACCAGGGCUGGAUCGCCGACAAAAUAUCGCGCAAAUGGAGUAUUUUGGUGGCUGCGCUCGUAUUCUUGCUUGGCUCUGCACUGCAGACAGGGUCUGUGAAUUACGGGAUGCUGACUGCUGCGAGGUUCAUCGGAGGCAUUGGUGUUGGCAUGCUUGCUAUGGUUGCUCCUCUUUACAUCUCCGAAAUCGCUCCACCUGAAAUUCGAGGUACCUUACUUGUUCUUCAAGAAUUGUGUAUCGUCACGGGCAUCGUCAUUGCAUUCUACAUUACGUACGCGACUCGCCAUAUCCAGAGCCAUUGGUCAUGGCGCUUGCCCUUCCUUAUCCAGAUGGCACCGGCCAUUAUACUCUGCGCAGGUGUUUUCAUGUUGCCGUACUCGCCACGUUGGCUGUCGCAACAAGGUCGAGACGAAGAAGCACUGACGACGCUGGCCAAAAUCAGGGAGUUACCCACUACUGAUGACCGAGUCAUGCGAGAGUGGUGCGAGAUUCGCGCUGAGGUGGCAUACCGGAAAGAAGUCACUGAAACCAUGCACCCGAAUCAUGGGCAGCCGGGAUUCUACAAUGCUUUCAAGCUUCAGGUCUCUCUAUUCGCUGAUUGCUGGAAGAUGCCUAUUUACAAGCGAACACAAGUAGCAGUCGGCUUGAUGUUCUUCCAGCAGUUUGUGGGCAUUAAUGCUCUCAUCUAUUACUCACCAACGUUAUUUGCUACCAUGGGCCUGGACUACGAGAACCAGCUUACCUUGUCAGGCGUCUUGAACGUGUGUCAAGUCGUUGCCUGUAUCUGGUCGCUGUGGGGCAUGGACCGCUUUGGACGUCGCAAGCUCCUACUAGGAGGUGGCGUCUGUAUGUUUCUCUCUCAUUUCAUCAUCUCUGUCCUAGUGGGGAAGUUCAGCGGCCGCUGGGAUGAAAACAAAGCUGCCGGCUGGGCUAGCGUGGCAUUCCUCUUGUUCUUCAUGCUUACUUUUGGCGCAACCUGGGGCCCCAUCCCUUGGGCAAUGCCGGCAGAGAUCUUUCCUUCCUCACUACGUGCUAAAGGCUGUUCUUUCGGAACAAUGUCUAACUGGGGUAACAACUUCAUCAUUGGACUUAUCACCCCACCUAUGAUCCAGAACAUUGGCUUCGGAACUUACGUGUUCUUUUGCGUAUUCUGCGCCAUUGCCCUUGUCUGGGUCUACUUCCUCGUCCCGGAAACGAAUGGACGAACCUUGGAGCAGAUGGACUCAGUUUUUAAAGAUAAGAUUACUGGGGAGGAACGAGCAAGAAGGGAACAGAUUGAAGCGGCGUUCCUCCAGAAUAUCGCAACUGUUCGGUAA